AUCAUGGGGAUGAAAGGCCUCAUCUUGGGCUGCGUGGUUGUGGCCAUGGUCCUCGAGCCCUCCACUGCUGGCCUGGUAAAGAAGGUCAUACGGCAUCGCAGAGAGGCUCUAAUGCCUAAGAAGAACCAAGAGAACCUCACACUACCAAACCCUGACCAACCAGUUGUCUUCAACCACGUCUACAACAUAAAUGUUCCCUCCACAUCCCUCUGUUCCGUGGACCUCGAGUCACCUGGCGGCACCGUGCCCAAUCACAAGAAUAACCCACUGGACAUGCAAAACACUGAGUACAUGGAGCACACGGUGGACGGUGACAAUCAGAUCGUCUUUACCCACCGCAUCAAUAUCCCCAAGCAGGCGUGUGGCUGCAACAACCAGCCACCUGAUAUAAAAGAAAUCCUGAACAGACUGGAGAUGUUGGAGUCAGAACUUUCCAGUCUGAGAGAGCAAUGUGGCAGUGGGGCAGGUUGCUGUGGAUCUCAAAUUACUGGAGAGGUUGCCACAAAGCCUUACUGUAAUGGCCGUGGGAAUUGGAGCACUGACACCUGCAGCUGUGUAUGUGAGCCAGGGUGGAAAGGCCCCAACUGUACAGAACCUGAAUGCCCCAAUGACUGCCAGGACCAGGGCCGCUGUGUGGAUGGGAAAUGUGAAUGCUUUGAAGGCUUCAGUGGGGAUGACUGCAGCGCAGAGCUUUGCCUGCUGGACUGUGGUGAUUACGGUCAUUGUGUUGAAGGGUCUUGUCUGUGCGAGGAGGGCUUCAUUGGUGAGGACUGCUCCCAGACAAACUGCCUCAACAACUGUCUGGGUCGUGGACGUUGCGUUGAUGACGAGUGUGUCUGCGAUGAGCCUUGGACGGGCUUUGACUGCUCUGAACUCAUCUGUCCAAAUGACUGCUACGACCGUGGACGCUGCGUCAACGGCACUUGCUUCUGUGAUGAUGGCUUCACCGGAGAAGACUGUGGUGAUCUCACUUGUCCUGGCAACUGUAACAACCGGGGCAUGUGUGUGAACGGACAGUGUGUGUGUCAGAGCGGCUACAGUGGAGAAGAUUGUUCCAAGCUCACCUGUCCCCAAAACUGCAAUGAGCGAGGGCAUUGCUUCAACGGGAAAUGUAUCUGUGACCCAGGUUUUGAGGGUGAAGACUGCUCUGUUCUUUCAUGCCCUGAAAACUGCAGCAACAAAGGCCUGUGUAUAAAUGGAGAAUGUUUGUGUGAUGAAGAAUACCAAGGUGAGGACUGUAGUGAGCUGUCCUGCCCUAACAACUGCCUAGAUCGUGGGCGCUGUGUUUCUGGCCAAUGCAUAUGUGAUAAAGGGUUCACUGGCGAGGACUGCAGCAUCAAGACCUGUCCCAAAGAUUGCAUGGGACGUGGGGAGUGUGUAGAUGGAAAGUGUGUGUGCUUCGCUGGUUUUACGGGUAAAGGCUGUGGUGAGCUGACCUGCCCCAAUAACUGUCUCGGCCGUGGCCACUGUGUGAACGGCCAAUGUAUUUGUCACAAGGGUUUCACUGGUGAUGACUGCAGUGAGAAGACCUGUCUCAAAAACUGUCUGGACAGAGGAUAUUGCAAUGAUGGCAUCUGUGUGUGCUAUGAAGGCUUCACUGGGCUCGAUUGCUCCAUCAUAACCUGCCCUGGGGACUGCCAGAACCAGGGACGCUGUGAAAAUGGAGUGUGUGUCUGCAAUGAGGGUUUCAUUGGUGAAGACUGCUCUGCUGUUUCACCGCCAAAGGACCUAACUGUGGAAGAGGUCACACCUGAGACAGUGGAUCUGUCUUGGGAGAAUGAGAUGCGUGUGACGGGGUACCUCAUCACCUACAGUCCCACAGCCCCUGGAGGUCUGGAGCUGGAUGUGCGGGUGCCCGGCGACCAGAAGAAGGCCACUAUUAGAGAGCUCGAACCAGGCAUUGAGUACCUGAUCAGUGUCUAUGCUAUUCUCAAUAACAAGAGGAGCAUUCCUGUUACCGCCAGGGUGGCAACACACCUUCCUGAGCCUGAGGGAUUGAAGUUCAAGACAGUGCGUGCGACAUCUGUAGAGGUACAAUGGGACCCACUGGACAUCCCCUUUGAUGGCUGGAACCUCAUCUUCAGAAACACUAAAGAGGAGGAUGGUGAGAUUUUGAGCUCCCUCGGCCGUCCAGACACGACCUUUGAGCAGUCUGGCUUGGGCCCUGGCCAGGAGUACGAAGUCAAACUGGAGGUAGUGAAGAACAAGAAGCGUGGACCACCUGCCUCCAAGAAUGUUAUCACAAGAAUUGACGCCCCGAGCCAGGUGAACAUACGCGAUGUGACAGACACAACGGCACUGGUGACCUGGUUCCAGCCUGUGGCCGAUGUGGAUGGGAUCAGUGUUUCUUUUGGACCUGGCCCCAGCCCUGCUGAUCACAGCGUGGUUGAGCUUUCCUCCACAGAUACCCAAUACCACCUCGGAGGCCUCAUACCAGACAUCCUAUAUGAGGUGUCUCUGACAGCCAGGAAGGGAGACCAGUCCAGUGUCCCUGUCUAUGAAUCAUUCCUCACAGACUUGGAUGCCCCCAGAGACCUUCAGAAGCUGGAGCUGACUGAUGAAAGCAUCACUCUUGAAUGGAAAAACAGCCAAGCACAGGUGGACAACUAUCGCAUUAAGUAUGGACCUCUGUCUGGAGGCGAGCACAGAGAACUGCUCUUCCCUGCCGGUCCCAAAGAAACAACACAGGCCAAGAUCAUCGGUCUGAGACCGGGCACAGAGUACGGAAUGGGAGUGACAGCAGUGAAAGGUGAACGGGAGAGUCUGCCCACGACCACCAAUGCUGUGACCGCUCUGGAUGCACCAAAGGACCUAACUGUUGCAGAGGUGACAGAGACAACGAUGAUGUUGGAGUGGAGGCGCCCCCUGGCUAAGCUGGACUCCUACCGACUUGUCUGUGUUUCCGCUGAUGGCCAAAGGGCAGAGGAAGUGGUCCCGGGAGGAUCUGAGUCUCAUACCUUGAGAGGCCUAACACCAGGCAUGCUCUAUACCAUCGGCAUCACUGCCGAGAGGGGCCGCAGGACGAGUGCACCGGCCACCAUCUCAGCACCUACAGUUGAGGAGAAGCCCAUGGUGACUAAUGUCACUAUCAGCGAUGUGUCAUGGGACAGCUUCCUCCUAUCCUGGUCUGCAGUGGAGGGGGCCUUUGAAGCAUUUCUGAUCGAGGUUACUAAUGCAGAGACGGGCGCUGAGUGGCAAAAUCACACUGUGCCUGCCGAUGCUCGCAGCAUUGUCAUCUCUGGCCUCACGCCCACCACCUGGUACAGGGCCAAUCUGUACGGGGUGUACAGGGGCCUCUUCUUAGACCCUGUCUUUGCAGACACCAUCACAGAGAUUGAACCACAGGUGCAGGCUCUCCGACUGUCUGACAUCACUCCUGAGAGCUUUAGAUUGGUCUGGAUGGCAGAAGAUGAUGCCUUCGACACCUUUGUCAUAAUGGUGAGCCAGGCUGAGAACGCAGACCCACCACAAGAGCUGGUGCUGGGCGGCGAGGAAAGAAGCACAGAAGUGACAGACCUCAGCGAGGACACAGAGUACAAAAUUGAAAUCUUUGGACUAAUUAUGGGAAGACGCUCCAAGUCUGUAAUCCAGGGGGUGAGAACAGAUCUGGGGCCACCCAAAGGCAUACGCUUCUCUGAUGUCACUGACUCAUCUGCUACUGUCCACUGGGCAGUUCCAAGAACCCGGGUGGACAGCUACAAGGUCACAUAUGUGCCAGCUCAUGGAGGAAAUGCUAAGACUCUGACAGUGGAUGGAUCAAACUCGCAGACUGUGCUACCCAACCUGAUACCUGGUGUCACCUACGAGGUUACUGUCAUUGCACUCAAGGCUCAACGAGAGAGUGAGCCUGUGUCAGACAGUGUCACUACUGCUUUAGAUAAACCCCGUGGUCUGACUGCAGUCAAUAUCACAGACACUGAAGUGCUACUUCUCUGGCAGCCUGCCAUUGCUACAGUCGAUGGUUACGUUAUUACCUACAGUGCAGACUCAGUGGCUCCAGUGAUGGAACGCGUGUCUGGAAAUGUGGUGGAGUUUGCGAUGACCACCCUGGUGCCAGCAACACGAUAUACCGUAAAGGUCUAUGCCAUUCGGGAUCUGGCCAAGAGUGCAGUCACUACAACAGAAUUUAUCACUGAUGUGGACGCCCCUCAGGACCUGGCAGCCAGCAACAUCCAGACAGAGUCAGGCAUGCUGACCUGGAGGCCGCCACGUGCUGACAUUACUGGCUACAUCCUCAGUUUUGAGUCUGCUGAUGGCAUCAUCCGGGAGGUGGUUCUCAGUCCCACUGCAGUUUCCUACAACAUGGUUCAGCUCAGCGCCUCAACAGAAUAUUCUGUUAGGCUGCAAGCCAUCGCUGGUCCCAAGAGAAGCAGAGUCAUCAGCACUGUCUUUACGACCACUGGUGUGCUCUACAAAUACCCCAAGGACUGUUCCCAAGCCCUUCUAAAUGGUGACACUACAUCUGGCCUGUACACUAUCUAUCUGGGUGGAGAUGAGAGCCAGCCCCUUCAAGUCUCCUGCGACAUGACCACUGAUGGAGGUGGCUGGAUUAUUUUCCUUAAACGCCAAAGUGGUAGACUGGAGUUUUUCCGUAACUGGAAGAAUUACACAGCUGGCUUCGGUGACAUGAAUGAUGAAUUCUGGCUGGGGCUGUCCAACCUGCAUAAGAUCACAGCAGGAGGUCAGUAUGAGCUGCGAGUGGACCUCAGGGACAAAGGAGAAACAGCUUACGCUCAUUACGACAAGUUCUCUGUCUCCGAACCAAGGACCCGCUACAAAGUCCAUGUUGGGGGAUACAGUGGAACAGCAGGUGAUUCAAUGACCUACCACCAUGGUCGUCCAUUCUCCACGUUUGACCAUGACAACGACAUUGCCGUUACCAACUGUGCUCUGUCAUACAAGGGCGCUUUCUGGUAUAAAAACUGCCACCGUGUCAACCUCAUGGGAAGAUAUGGCGAUAACAGUCACAGCAAGGGCGUCAACUGGUUCCACUGGAAGGGCCACGAGCACUCCAUUGAGUUCGCAGAGAUGAAAGUUAGGCCAUCUAACUUCAGAAACCUGGAGGGACGGAGGAAACGCUCAUAAACGCAUCGCCUACGACAACAACAACAGCAACAUUGCUACUAUUCUUUUUGGACUCCCCACAAAACAUCUCAACCCAGACCGAAACCUCUACCCGCCCUGCAACAACCAAAGCCACUGCCAAGGCCCUUGCUGCUUCCAUGUAGAUCAACACACCCUACUGUUCUCUUACGGGCUCCCUAUACCCCCUGCUGCCUGUGCCAAAAUUUAUAUGCAUGAUGCAAACUGGACUUAAGUGAAACCUGAACCAAUUCUGAGUCACACACCAAAGAGAACAGAACUAUACUAUACUAUAGAAUUAUACCAGACCUGAUUAUCUAAAUCUCUUGUGUUUGCAGCAUUUUUCACAAGGCAUGUGUGCAGCUUGGGCAUCUUAUUAUGUACAGUAAUUAAUUGACCCAUCUCACAAGCUAAGCCAUGUUAAGUUGGUGGAUUUCACAGUUGUUAAUAACGGACGUAUAUGGCGAGCAAAGCACAACAAUGAUUAAAAUUUGGAAAAGAGAUAGCACAAGUCAAAUUAAAGACACACCCCUAAGUUACCCUCCCCCACACCUCCAGCACCACCCCAAACCAUCAUACAUUUCCAUUUGUUGGUCUUUGUGUGACUAAACGUCAUCUCUGUGCCACUUUAUCCUCCCCUGGUUUCCUCACACCCCUCUACAUGAGCUAAUUAAGGAGGGCUGGAUAUCAAUAUGAAAAGGGAAAAACAAAAAGGGUGUAAUGCUUUCCACUCAUUUUGGGAACCCCCAAUUCAACAGCCAAUGUAUUGUGCUUUAAAGGAGACAUAUUGUGGAUUUUUCAGAAUUUUAAACCACUCCCAGGUGCCUUGAAAAAAGGUCCCCGAUAUUACCGUAAUUUCUUGUGUAUAAUACGCACCCCUAAAAUUGACCUCAAAAUUCUGGAAAACACUUCUACCCAUGUAUAAUGCAUUUUUACAAUGCAUGUUUUUGCUUCUACCCAUAUGAGCAAAACAUGAGGUAUCUGUAUUUUGUUCAUUUUUCCAAAUAAUUAUUCUGAAAUUAAGCACUUUAUUUGAACACAUAAUACUUUCUUUUUAUUUACUUGCUCUUGUUUUGAAAUUCACAGCCCUACUUUUAUUUAGUGAAUGCGAAAACACACAGUUGUGCUCAUAUGUUUGAUGACCCAGGCAGAAUUUGUAAGAUGGGUACAAUUCUUUAAAUAAAAUAUGAAGGGCCAGGCGAAACACAUUUUGUCUUAUUUUAAUGGGAUUCAAAUUAAACUGUCAAGCUUUUCAGAAAAGCAUUAUCAUCAAACAAAACAUAACCAUAAAGAAAUUAAUGAUGGUUGUUGUUCAGUCAUCAGUCGUAUUUUAAAAAACAAUAUUUCACAAAUUCUGCCAGGGUAUGUAAACUUACGAGCACAACUGUACAUAUUAUGCAGUCAUACGUAGCCCUGUCAUAUUGGAAUGAAAGUGUAGGCUACACCUUUCUCAUAACCUCUAGGUGGCGGUGGCAUAUUGAAAUGAACGUGUACCGCCUUUUCAUAACCUCUAGAUGUAUAAU